AUGCAGGAUCAGGCGCGCCUCGCGUCCGCCGCCGCCGUCCUCGUCCUUGUUCUCGUCCUCCGGCAUCCCGGGAUUGUGAACGACCAGCUCGCGCCCGCAGCCGAAGCAUUGCACCACCUUCUGCCUGGCCUUUCCUCCUCUUUUUUCUCUGAGCAACGCGUCGAUAUCGUCGGCGUCGGCGCGCCGUACUGGAGGAUGUUCUGCUACGGUGCUGUGCCUAUUACCCCGUCGCUACCGCCGCCGCCGCCGCCGCGAGGUCAAAAAGAAUGCUUUCCGGUGAAGUUCUGGAAUUCGGCCAACGAGCGCUCGAUGGCUAAGGCUAGUUUCGCCCAGUGA